CGAUGGGUGAGCAACAUGUCGAUGUUGAUCCAAUGAUUAUUGCUGUCUAGAGUCAUGAUAUGUCGGUGGGAUCGUUGGAAUGAGUCUCAGGAUUUAGCACAGAUCUAGUAACUAAGGUGGUGAGCCGAGGUUGAGCAUCGUUACCGGCGGAGAAGAAGGUCGAGGAACGUCUCGAAUUUGAGGUUAUGUUGUAAUGGAGUUGUUGAUAUUGUGUCAUGUGUUGUAUUCAGUUCUGUCAAGCUCAUCACGCUGUGAUUCGUGAGGUAUUUUCCAUCGAAAAAACCGGGACAAUCAGAUGAAUCAAUAAAUAAAGAGAUAAUUCCAAGAGAAUGAAGUUGUACUGUCUAUCAAGCGAGCCAACAAAGCCAUGUCUAGUCCUCAGCUUCAAGGGCAUCACCCUCAUGCUGGACUGUGGCCUCAACAUGCAGUCAAUCCUGAAUUUCCUGCCAAUGCCACUGGUGCCCAGUGCAAAAUUCAAUGCCCUUCCCACCUGGCUGCCCCGUGACAAUCACCAAGACUGGCAGAUCGAGGGUGAGCUGAAAGACUGCUGUGGCAGGAUAUUCGUGGACUCGACCCCUGAGUUCGCCCCUCCCCUCGAGAAAAUCGUCGAUUUUUCCGAGAUCGAUGCCAUCCUCAUAUCAAACUACACCUGCAUGCUCGCCCUGCCAUUCGUCACCGAGGGCACUGGCUUCAAAGGAAUUGUCUACGCCACCGAGCCCACCCUCCAGAUCGGCAAAUUCUUCAUGGAGGAGCUGGUGGAGUACAUCGAACAGUCCCCCAGAGCGACCCUCGCCAAACACUGGAAGGAGAUGCUCCACGUUCUCCCCUCACCACUCGCCGAUGCCCUCAAGCCCAAGUCCUGGAGGCAUUUGUAUUCACUGGCAGCUGUCAACUCGGCAUUGGCGAAUAUCCAACUGGUGGGUUACGAUCAGAAGCUCGACAUCUACGGCGCACUCACUGUGACACCCAUAAGCUCGGGUUACUGCCUCGGCAGCAGUAAUUGGCUCGUCUCCUGCGAUCACGAGAAAGUCGCCUUUGUCAGUGGAUCCUCCACUCUCACCACACAUCCUAGACCGAUGGAACAGGUCACACUCAAGCACGCCAAUGUCCUUAUUCUCACAGGACUCACGCAGACACCCACAGCUAACCCGGAUACUAUGCUUGGAGAGCUCUGCAUGACUGUUGCCAUGACCUUGAGAAGUGGAGGCUGCGUUCUGAUUCCCUGCUACCCAUCCGGAGUCGUGUACGAUCUUUUCGAGUGCCUCAGCACUCACCUGGACAAGUCUGGCUUCACCCAAAUUCCCCUCUUCUUCUUAUCACCAGUUGCUGAGACAUCUCUCGCCUACUCGAACAUCCUCGCCGAGUGGCUGUCAACCAGUAAACAGAACAAAGUGUACCUCCCCGAGGAGCCCUUUCCCCACGCAUUUCUCGUGAAGAACUCACGACUCAAGCACUUCACCUCGACCUGGGCGGAGGGCUUCAGUAAUGACUAUCGCCAGCCAUGUGUCGUCUUUUGUGGACAUCCCAGUCUCAGAUUUGGCGAUGCUGUUCACUUUGUACAGCUCUGGGGAAACAAUCCUCAGCACACCAUCAUAUUUACGGAGCCGGAUUUUCCAUACCUCGAGGCACUGGCGCCCUUUCAGCCAUUGGCUAUGAAGGCUGUCCACUGUCCCAUCGACACUUCGUUGAACUUCACACAGGCCAACAAACUCAUCAGAGAUCUCAAGCCAGAGAGUCUUGUUGUACCUGAGAGCUACACCCAACCACCUUAUUCAGCUCCACACAGAAUAGAUCUUGUCAUUGAACCUGUUGGGGAGAGUCCUUUGAUCACUUUCAAACGUGGGGAAGUGAUAAAGCUUCCCCUGAAACGCAAAAAGGGCCGGGUAUUCAUCGAGCCCGACCUAGCUGGCAACAUAAUUCCAAGUGAAAUUCGUCCAGGUUUGAGUGUGGCCUCUGUCACUGGUGAACUACAAGUGAAGGACAAUGUUUACACGAUAAAGGGUCUCGACGACAGGGUAACCACAAAACGAAGGGCCUCGGAUUCAUCAGCUCCUGAUAAAUAUCAAGUGCUGAAAGAGAGGAAACACGAGUACGGAAAUAUUGAUCCGCAGGAGCUUCUCCAGAAGUUAAAUCAGGAGGGAAUCACAGGGGGAAAGAUGCAGCACAACUCUACGUCCACAAAUAUCGUUCUGAAUGAUGAGACAAUGAUACAAAUAGGUGAUAACUCAACGCACAUAUUUUGCAACGGGAACCAAAGCCUUCGGAGAAGGCUCAGGGCAGUAAUAAUGCAGUGCCUCAAACGUUUCUAGCACAUGUACAGAGAGUGGCAGGAGUAUUGAUUAAUAAUAAAUAUUUUUUAGAUUAAUAAAGCAUUUUAAUGAUUAUCCUCUUCACUCUCUCAUCACUUCACAGCAGUUUGCUCCAUAUAUCUCGUACAAUUCAUCGUAAUUCAACCAAAUUAAUGUACUAUUCAACAGGCGUUAAUUCUACGUCGAUAUACACUUCGAUUAAAGAUAAUACUUUACACUGAAUUAUUCUACAUAUCAAUGAUGUAAAUGUGAAAAUUCUCCCGAAAAUUUCGACUAGAAAGACAAAAA